AUGUCCGCCCCGUCCGCCCCAUCCGCCUCGGGCUCGCAGGACCCGCGGACAACGCUGCGGGUGCGCAUCAACCAAAUUGACCACAUCAUGAUCCCUCCCGGACCGCUCGACAAGUCCACCAAGCCUUGGGCGCCUAUAAUCCGCAUCUAUGGCGCGUCUUCCAUUACCGGACGCAAGGCCUGUGUCCAUGUCCAUCAAGUGUACCCCUACUUCUUCAUCGAGUACAAGGGUGACUUGGACCCCAAAUGCGUCAAGCAAUAUAUCGCCAAGCUUACGCAUUCCCUCGACCAUGCGAUUGCAGUCUCCUUGAAACGCGAUCCUGCCUCUAACAAGGCCCAAUAUGUUCGUGCCAUCGUACUCGUCAAGGGCAUCCACUUCUACGGAUAUCACUCGACCUAUUCGCCCUUCCUCAAGGUUCUGAUGAUCGACCCCAACAUCGUCCGUCGCGCCGUCACCAUCCUGCAGUCCCCCUCUAUCAUGAGCACCCAGUUCCGCGUAUAUGAGAGCCACCUCAGCUACUACCUCCAGUUCUUAUCCGACUUCGGUCUCUACGGCUGCGGCUGGAUGGACAUGGCUGAAGUCUUCGAGCGCGGCAAAGAAGGCGACGAACUUGCGCUCACCGCGCCGACAUUCAAGCCCUCGAGCUACUUCCGCCAAAGUCGGAUGGCUCUAGAGGUGGACGUCGUCGCCCACCAGAUCCUGAACCGACAUCGUCUGACGGCGCGCAAUAUCCACCACCAAAUACCGGAACCACCCUUCCCUCCCGAACCUCAGGUACCCAGUGUUCGUGAGCUGUGGGAAGACGAGCGACAACGGCGGCAGGCGCGUGGGCUUGACCCAUCACCUGAAAUGCCCGUGGACCCCAGUGACUCGUCGCGAGGCCCUGGUGGCGAUUGGGUUUCCGAAGCGCAAUUCUGGGAGGUGAUGAGGAGGAGGAUCGAACAAGACCGCGCAGAUCCACCGCCACCAGCAGACCCGAAGGCCAAAGCUUGGGAGAAGUACGCUAUGACAACAUUCGAGAGUAUAGAAGCACUCUGGGACGAGGAAUGGCGGGUGUGGAAGCCCGACAGAACAGUUCAAGGGAGGCCAUCUCGCGCGUACGAACAAGAUGAUGCGGCGGGGAGACCACCUGUCUCAAACGACGACGAGAUUGACGUGGACAUGUCCGUGUUCUUGACCCAAGGGAUGCUGCGCUUCGAUGACGACGAGGCUGACAAAGACGCGGACGGUUGGACUGGAGCCCAGGAGCCACAAGCAGAGGAAGACGAGAAGGACGACAAUAUCCUCGAAGAUUUUGAUGCCGACGACAUCCAGGACGAAUCUGGGGCUCAACCUACCGAAGAGGACAUGAAUGCUUUCUUUGCGGAUGGAAAAGACGAUGAAGAACACACCGAAGAGUUCGCCCUACCAAAACUAUCUCCUCCGCCCGAGGAGGAGUCGCCAGAGGCUUCCGACGACGACAAUCCCAGACCCAACAAACGUCGACGCGUAAGGAUGAACGACGUCACCCAAAUAAUCCCGGAACCUGCCAGCGACCAAAGUUUCGACAUCCCAUCAAGCACCAGCCUCCCUCGCACUUUACCACGGACCAUCUCGCGCUCGCUGUCUUUCAGAGCGACACCACAGCGAACCCGCCGAUUCGUCUAUGCCAUCCCUCCGCCCACGACCAAGGACCUCCUCGAGACAGUUGACGACUUUCAUAUACCCACGAAGGUCUACCGAUCGCCAUACUACUCCAAUCCGUCAGACGCGCCUGAACGUCCUCGCGAAUUCGCAGGUCUGAUGUACUACCUCAAGGGCGGUGACGGGCUUGGAACGCUAGAUGAGUGGGAUACCGGGCCUCCGGGCAAGCACAGUAUGCGCGCUUCCUCGACCAAACCGAGCCGGCUCAUUAGAGACGAUAUCUGGGGAUGGGAGUAUGCAGGCUCACCGCCGUCUCCUCGGACCUGUAAGCACUGGCUCCGGUCGCAACCCAGCAAGUCAGACGCGGACGCUGCGAAGGCCAAGAAAUCCCGCUCACAGAUCGAAGGGCCAACCCAGGCCGAUAUCUAUGGACUGAAGGCGUCCCCGGGCGACGCAGGCGCUUACCGCGAGCGGCAGACGAUGACAAAGUUCUCUCUCGAACUGCUCGUACCUACAAGAGGGCACCUCCUGCCCGAUCCUUCCGAGGAUAUCAUAGCGGCGGUGUUCUACUGCCAUCAACAAGCAGACGGUCAGCUCCUACCGGUCCAGAUCAUUGCUGUGGAUGGGCCUCAGCUGCGGCCUGAGCGCCUGCGUGAUCUCAAGAUACAAUGCGUAGACACUGAGCUCGACCUGCUCAACAUGGUCGUCGACACUGUUGUUGACCUGGACCCCGACAUCAUCGCUGGCUGGGAGGCGCAGACGCAAUCCUGGGGCUACCUUGUCGCUCGAGGCAACGACUACGGGCUCGAUAUCGCCGACUUGAUGGGACGAGCCCCUCCUCGGCGUGCUGCAAGUGCGCAAGGCUUGGAUCGGUGGGGUCUGCGGAAGGGAACGACCAUCAAAGUUCCCGGGCGACAUGUCUUGAAUAUCUGGCGGCUUAUGCGCACGGAGCUCACUCUGAGCGUCUACAGCUUCGAGAAUGUGGCGUUCCACGUCUUGCGUCGCCGAGUGCCCGCAUAUAACCAUGCGACCCUCACAAGGUGGUUCAACAGCGAUGUACCCCACCAUACCACCCAGGCUCUGCACUACCUGGCGAACCGUACGCUCAUGGACCUGGAGAUCCUUGAGGGGUCGGAGGUCGUGACGAAGAACGCAGAAUUCGCCAGAGUCUUUGGCGUCGACUUCUACUCUGUCCUCACGCGAGGAUCGCAGUUCAAAGUCGAGUCUUUCAUGUUCCGUCUUGCGAAGCCGGAGAGCUAUGUCCUGCUGUCGCCAAGCAAGAUUGAUGUGGGGAAACAAAACGCGGCGGAAUGCAUGCCACUCAUCAUGGAGCCCACUUCCGCGUUCUACUCAAGCCCGCUGCUCGUUCUGGACUUUCAGAGUCUGUAUCCGAGCGUUAUGAUUGCCUACAACUAUUCUUACGACACAUGUCUUGGGAGGAUUACACCCUUUCAAGGACGAUACAAGUUUGGCGUCACGGAUCUCAAUAUUCCCAAGGGUACAUACGAACUACUGCAAGACGAUAUCAACAUAUCACCAAAUGGGAUUGCCUACGUCAAACAACGCAUCCGGCGCGGCCUCCUCGGACGGAUGCUCACGGAGCUUCUGGAUACGCGCGUGAUGGUCAAGCAAGCCAUGAAGGGCGUGCCAGACAAGGCGCUGCAAAGAAUUUUGAAUGCCCGCCAACUCGGCUUGAAGUACAUCAGCAACGUAACGUAUGGUUAUACCAGCGCGACGUAUUCUGGACGCAUGCCAGCGGUUGAGAUCGCGGACAGCAUCGUGCAGACUGGACGUGAAACGCUGGAGAAGGCCAUCGACCUCAUCAACUCCCACCCGAAGUGGGGCGCUCAGGUCGUAUACGGAGAUACUGACAGCGUCUUCGUCUAUCUCAUCGGCAAGACCAAAGAACAGGCCUUCCGAAUAGGCUACGAUAUGGCAGACACCAUCACGGCGCUGAACCCGAAGCCCAUCAAGCUGAAGUUUGAGAAGGUCUACUUGCCCUGCGUCCUCCUUGCGAAGAAGCGCUACGUUGGCUUCAAGUACGAAUGCGUGGAUGAUGCGGAACCAGGCUUUGACGCCAAGGGCAUCGAGACUGUUCGUCGAGAUGGAGUCCCAGCCCAGCAGAAAAUGACUGAGAACUGCUUGAAGAUCCUAUUCCGAACGCAAGAUCUCAGCCAAGUCAAGGACUACUGUCUACGCUCCUGGACCAAGCUUAUGGAGAAUCGUGCUUCGGUCCAGGAUUUCGUCUUCGCGAAGGAGGUGAGGAUGGGCACUUACAGCGACAAGGGCCCUCCACCCCCGGGUGUCACAGUCGCUGCGCGGAAGCAAGCAGCAGAUCCCAACGCCGAACCCCAGUACGCCGAACGAGUGCGCUAUGUCAUCGCCCGUGGGCUUCCAGGGAGUAGACUCGUAGAACGCGCUUUUGACCCUCUGGAAUUCCUAAACAAUAGCCAAUUGCGACUGGACGCGGUCUAUUAUAUCACGCGUGUGCUUAUGCCGCCAUUAGAGAGAAUAUUCAACUUGGUCGGCGCGGAUAUCCAACAAUGGUAUGAUCAGAUGCCUAAGGUCAAGGACCCGACGCAAGGGUCGCCGAGGAAAUGGUCCCCUAGAAAGGGGGAGCAGCCGACUAUGGGGCUGCUCGACACCCUCGUGAACAUCGAGGAGCAUUUCCAAGACUACAGCUGCCUACGCUGCGGUGAACUCGCAUACGACGGAGUUUGCGACGACUGCCGCACCGUUCCGCAGACAACAGCCGCGGACUUGUUGACGACCAUCCGCACCCACGAACUACGGUCGAUGCAGAUACAAACCAUUUGUGCGUCGUGUAGCAAGACCCCUCAAGCCGAAUCCAUUGCUUGUGAAUCGCUGGACUGCCCCUGGAUGUACGCGAGGAAGCGAGCCGAUGGGAAAGCCGAAUUUUUGGCUGCAUUGAGGCAUGCCCUGAACGCUGUUCAAGAGGACAAGGAUGACCUAGACGACUUUGAUUCCAGGAUCGACUGGUAGUCACCUACAAUCACUGUAUAAUUCGGAUAACAUAAUUUAUCGGCUGUAAUACCACUUUCUUUUU